AUGGGAGACCAAUAUUCGCAGAGCCUGCUUUUGAACAACAACAACUCUACACUGGCACAACAACAAACAGAGUUCAGCCUGGUGCAAGUGAACGGUACAUGGACUCGAAAAAGUCAGUGGUGCCAGCAGGCAGAAGGAAAAUUAUCAGCUGCUAAAAUCUAUCAGAACAAGUCACAUCAUGGACUCUCCUGGACAGUGGUCAGCCCCAUCGUAUUCACCUACAAAGUUAUUCAGUGUGAAAACAUACUAGAUGCCAGAAAUGACACGCUGCUAUGGGGUCAUUUGGGAGACGAAGAACUCAAAGCCAUUAUAAGUAACUCCAGACCUGUGAGGCGUUUUGUUGUCAUUGAUGAGACUGUGAACCAGCUGUACGGCUCCAAAGUAACUCAGUAUUUUGAGGCCAGAAAGGUUGUGCACAAAAUCCUGCCUCUGCCCACCACUGAGGAGAACAAAUGUAUGGAGCUUGUGACCAAGAUCCUGGAGGAAGUUCAUCAUUUUGGUAUCGACAGGCGCUCAGAGCCCAUCAUAGCAAUAGGUGGAGGGGUUUGUCUGGAUGUGGUGGGUUUGGCGGCAUCUCUCUAUCGCCGGAGGACUCCGUACAUUCGGGUGCCAACCACUCUGCUUUCUUACAUUGAUGCCAGCGUGGGGGCAAAAACAGGGGUCAACUUUGCCGGUGGCAAAAACAAGUUGGGGAGUUACAUCCCUCCAGAGGCAACUUUCCUAGACCGCUUGUUCAUCCAAACCCUCCCAAAACGCCACAUCUCUAAUGGGAUGGCAGAGAUGCUGAAGAUGGCUCUGAUGAAGCACCGGGGGCUGUUCGAGCUGCUGGAGGCUGAGGGGGGGAAGCUGCUCCACUCCAAGUUUCAGUCCUGUGAGAACAACAACAGCUCGGACCACGAGGACAGCGCCACAGCAUCCACCCGCGUUGCCAUAGAAACCAUGCUGGAGGAGCUGGCUCCUAACCUGUGGGAGGAAGAUCUGGACAGACUAGUGGAUUUCGGUCACCUUGUCAGCCCUGCAUUAGAGAUGAGAGUGCUGCCGGCGCUGCUGCAUGGUGAGGCGGUCAGCAUCGACAUGUCCCUCAUGGUGUUCGUGGCCCACCAGAGGGGGCUGCUGACAGCGCAGGAGAAGGCCCGCGUCAUCCGGUGCAUGCAGGGCCUGGAGCUGCCCGUGUGGCACCAGGACUGCACCCUGACCCUGGUGCAGGAGUCCCUGAGGGAGCGUCUCCAGCACUCUGCGGGCUCCCUGAGGAUGCCGCUCCCCACAGGACUGGGAAGAGCCGAUAUCUUCCAUGAUAUGAGUGAGGAGGUCCUUGGCCAAGCUUAUUCCAAAUGGACUGAUGAGCUCUCUUCCUCUGGAAACAAAUGAAUACAUCAAAUAUGACA